AAACCUCCUUCGUCCCUUCUGUUGAUAGUUUCCCCUCCUCCUCCGCGGGAGCUGAGCGCCAAACUCAAACACUGUCAGGACCGGGGCUCCGUUCUAGCUGCUCCAAAGGCCCUGGCCUGUUGGGCUUUUCCGCACACCGGUCGCGGCAGCGGUCCGACAUGAGCCAAGUUCUGUUCCAGCAGCUCGUGCCCUUGCAAGUGAAAUGCAAAGACUGUGAGGAGAGGAGAGGAAGUGUUAGAGUGAGCAUUGAACUACAAUCACUUUCUAAUCCAGUACAUAGAAAGGAUUUAGUCAUCCGUCUUACUGAUGAUACAGAUCCAUUUUUCCUGUAUAACCUUGUUAUAUCUGAGGAAGAUUUUCAAAGUUUAAAAUUGCAGCAAGGUCUCCUGGUGGACUUCCUAGCUUUUCCACAGAGAUUUAUAGACCUCCUUCAGCAGUGCACGCAAGAGCAUGGGAAGGAGACGCCAAGGUUUCUGCUGCAGCUUAUUUCUUCAGCUGCUCUUUUGGAUAACAUGCCAGUAUUUUUAAAUGUUGUGGAGACAAACCCUUUUAAGCAUCUUAUUCAUCUAUCAUUAAAGCUUUUACCUGGAAAUGAUGUAGAGAUAAAGAAGUUUCUAGCAGGCUGUUUGAAAUGCAGCAAGGAAGAAAAAUUAUCAUUAACUAAAUCACUAGAUGAUGUUUCCAGGCAACUGCACAUUACACAAGAGAUGUUAUCAGAAAAAACACAAGAAUUAGAUAAAUUGAGGAGUGAAUGGGCCUCACACACAGCAUCGUUGGCAAAUAAGCAUUCUCAGGAAUUAACAAAUGAGAAGGAAAAAGCCUUGCAGGCACAGGUUCAGCACCAGCAGCAGCAUGAACAACAGAAAAAGGAGCUGGAAGCCCUCCAUCAGCGAAACAUCCACCAGCUUCAGAACAGGUUGUCUGAAUUAGAGGCAGCCAACAAAGACCUCACCGAGAAGAAGUAUAAAGGAGACGCCACGGCCAGGGAACUGAAAGCGAAGCUUGCGGGUGUGGAAGAGGAGCUGCAGCGGGCCAAGCAAGAGGUCCUUUCUCUGAGAAGAGAGAAUUGUACUCUGGAUGCUGAAUGCCAUGAGAAAGAAAAGCAUAUUAACCAGCUACAAACAAAAGUGGCAGUUUUAGAACAGGAAAUCAAGGAUAAAGACCAGCUUGUCCUGAGAACAAAAGAAGCAUUUGAUACAAUCCAAGAACAAAAGGUGGCUUUAGAAGAAAAUGGUGAGAAAAAUCAGGUACAACUGGGAAAACUUGAAGCUACAAUAAAAUCGUUAUCAGCAGAACUUCUGAAGGCAAAUGAAAUUAUCAAGAAGUUACAAGGAGAUCUUAAAACUCUCAUGGGUAAAUUGAAACUGAAGAAUACAGUUACUAUUCAGCAAGAAAAACUAUUGGCUGAGAAAGAGGAAAUGCUACAAAAGGAGCGAAAGGAAUCGCAGGAUGUGGGACAGUCUCUUCGAGCCAAAGAGCAAGAGGUAUGCAAAUUACAAGAGCAAUUAGAAACUACAGUUCAGAAACUUGAAGAAAGUAAACAACUUUUAAAAAAUAAUGAAAAAUUAAUCACUUGGCUAAACAAAGAACUAAAUGAAAACCAGCUGGUAAGAAAGCAAGACACACUGGGCACCUCGGCCACUCCGCCUGCACAUUCUAGUAGCAGCACCAUCAGAAGUGGGAUUUCUCCCAGCCUGAAUGUGGUUGAUAAUAGACUAAAUUACCCAAGCUGUGGAAUUGGCUAUCCUGUCUCCUCUGCAUUUGCAUUCCAGAAUGCUUUUCCCCAUGUGGUAUCUGCCAAAAACACCAGCCAUCCAAUCUCAGCACCAAAGGUUCAGUUUAAUUUGCAACUUACAAAACCAAGCACAUUGCUAGAUGCUCAGCCAGGAACAGCUAUUAGCAGGCCUUAUUCAUCUGAUAAGGAAAAUAGUGAAAAUUUAGGACUGGAAUCCAAAUACUUGAAGAAAAGAGAAGAUAGCAUUCCUUUACGUGGGCUCAGCCAGAAUCUAUUUAGUACCUCAGACCAUCAGAAAGAGGGCAUGCUGGGAGCACUACAGACAUCUUCCAAACCCACAAUCCUCCCCUCUUCUUCUUCAGCAUAUUUCCCUGGGCAGUUACCAACUAGUUAAUCCAACACCUUUCAUUUCUUACUGACAGUUUAGAAAUUCAAGUGACUUAACAACCCAUCAAUAACAAAACCAACCUUCCUCAUUCCUCUUACAUCAUUUAGAGCCUUUGAAAUAUUACUGCCAUUUACAAACUUGGGAGACUGUUAGAUUCUGAGUAAAUGGUGUUUUUUAUUCUGUAAGCAGAAUGUUAAAAAAAUAUCACUGAAUUUUAUCAGAUUAACCAGUUGGUAUAAAUGAGAAAAACCCUAAUGAAAAAUCCACCCUGCAAGGUAAUAGUAACAGGUUGAAGAAAGCUUGUGCUCAUACUAUCAUUUUGCCACCUGAGAAAUAGCUUCCGCUUGUGAUUUGAUCUUGACACUGAAGUCCUUAUACUUUUGAGUUGGUUGUUUGGGUUUUUCUUUUUCAUUUUUUAUACGUACUAGUUUUUUGAGACAGGAGUUUCUUGUUUAUUUUUUUUUUUAAGACAGGGUUUUUUUUUAAAAUGUUGCCUUUGAUGUCCUGGAACUCACUCUGUAGGCCAGGCUUGAACUCAUGAGAUCUGCCUGCCUGUCUUCCAAUUCUGGCACUAAUGGUGUGUACCAGCACCAUGCCUGAGUUAUACAAUGUAUUUGGACUUAUUCUUUCCCUUCCUAUCUCCUCCCAGAUGGUCUACACAUCCCUAUCCACCCAAUUUCAUGUUCGUUCUCUCCCAAAAAGAAAAAACAGUAAAACAAAAAAUACCAGACCAAAACAGUGGAGUCCAUUUUGUGCUAGCCAACCACUCUUGGGUAUGGACUCUGCCCUGGAGUUUGAUAUACCCAGUGGCGCUCUUAAGCACUUUAAAUUGAUGACAUGAAUUAUUUAUUCAUAGUAAGUAAAUUAUUUUCCCUGAAACAUUUGACCUGUGAAAUAAUUUAUAUAAAAGUAAUUUGGACAUUGUGUUUACAUGGCUAAAGUGCUUUAGUCAUUUGGGCUGAGCUUAGAGCACAAAAAACCUUCAGUGUAAUGGCAUCAUGAAUAUUCAUGGUAGUUUUGUAGAAUUGAAAUUUACACUCUGUUAAUUAAGAAGAAAAAUUAACUAUUGGAAUCUACAAGUUCCUUUAUCUCUACUAAAACUUCCAGGAACUAUUACUUGGAAAUUAAAUAGUUUCCAAAAAAAUUUUUUUCACCAUAGAGGCUAGAUAGAUGUUAAAAAAGCCUGAUGAUCCACUGUCCUCAACACACACACCACACUCUUGUGCAAAUAAAUACCCAUGAUUGACAGACAGACAAACACCAAAUUUCCUGAAUGUUUAACCUUAAGCAUCCCAUUUUGUUUUCUUGUUGACAACUACCAAAAGAAAUUAAAAUCUUCAUAAAACCCCAAAUCUUAUUUGUAAAAUGCUAAUAAUCAUGUGAUAGUUUUAAAAAGAAAUAGCACAGUAGUUGAUGCCUGCUCUUCCAGAGGACCUGGGUUCUAUUCCCAGCGCCCACAUGGCAGCUCACAGCUGUCUACCUGUUGCCCUCCUCUGGUCUCUGAGUGCAUUAGGCAUGCACAUGGUGUAUUGUUAUUCAUGCAGGCAAAACAUUUAUACAACUUCAGGGUAGUGAUGUGUCAACUUUACUAGGGCCACAGAAGACAGGGAUCUUUAACCUCACUUUUAAGAUGCUGGCAGCUGCCAGCUAGCUUCAACAGGGGUGUAAUUAGAAGUCCAGUGAUGGUUAAGAAUAUUGUUACAAUUACUCGAGAGCACUUAAUUCUGGAAAGAAGUCUCUUGGCAAUGUGGGACUGUUGUAAAUACUGUGUAAUAUACAUAAGAGGUUGUGGCAGGCUUUGGAAGGUAUAUAUAACAUAUAUAGCUUUUUAGAAAAGAUACCCCCACCCUUACUAUUUAUAAACACAAAUUUCCAAGACAGGACAGCACAUUUUCACAGGGGCUAUAAAAGUGUCUUUGUGCUAAGUGUAAAUGCACAUAGACCACGCUAAUUCUUUGCUCUACCUCUUCAACUUUUGUUUGAAAUUGUCUUAUGGUAUAUAACUGUACAUGUGUUAAUAAAAUGUUGCUGUUAAUGCUGUUUUAAAAACUGUGACCUCUGUUAAUAAAGUACAAACUAAAGAGUCUUA